AUGCGCGGUGACGGCGACGUGAUGGCGGACAUUUACCGCAACCCCAGCCUCCAGCUGGAGGAGCUGUACACAGUGGACCAGUUUUUCGAUGCGUACGUCUCCCACCUCGAGACCGCGGGCCCCGCCCUGUCAUCCCAGCGUGGCCCCCCCGAGCACAAGCUGGCGCCCGGCGCGGGGAAAUUGGAGCCGCCCACGUCCAGCGACUCGAGCAGCAACAUCCCCGGCCGGCUUGCCGUGCCGUCGGGGGCGACGGGGAUGAGCGCCUACGACCAGGCCUUCAAUGCCAGCCCGCCUACAUCGGGCAUAGACAGCGGCCUGCAACCGGCCGUGGGGCCCUACGGCGGCGGCAUGGCACCCGUCGGCCCGCCCGAGAGGUUUGAAACCCCGGGGGUCGGGUAUGGGAACGUCGGGAUUGGGGGGUACCGGCCGGCGGGGUACAUGGACGUGGAGCCGGAGAUGGGAGGCGGGUUUGCGGCGGCGGGAGGGGCUGGUGCGCCGGGAGGAUUCGCGAUCGGCGGCGCGGGCGGCGGGCAGGGGUUCAUGCCCGGGUACGGAUCAGCCGGGAUGGGCGCAGGGGGCAUUGAAAUCGGGGGAAUUCAAAAUCAGAAUCAGAGUCCCAUGGGCGGGGUUAGCCUGGGCGGGCCGCUGCUCGCGGAGCAGGCACAAGGAGGCUCGGAAGCGAUGGAGGAGGCGCAGGACGCGAAGGGGAGGCGCGCGAGGCACAGGACGCCCCGCCAGCAGAUGCUGAACAAGCAGGCGCAGCAACGGUACCGGGAGCGGAAGAAGGCCAAGGCUGCCGAGCUGGAGCAGGAGGUGGAGGAGCUGAGCACGCGGGUGGACGAGCUUAAGGCGGAGAAGGCGGAGAAGGCGGCACUCGAGGAGCGGAUGCUGCAGAUGGAGAGGUCGCUGCUUGAGAAGGACGCCGAGCUGCAGCGGCUGAGGGCCCAGGUGGCGGCCCAGGGGGGGUGCGGAGGCGGUGGGGAGGCAGUGGCAUGCGAGGCGGUCUUGAGCGAGCAGGCGCAGGAGUACAUCCGCGUGUACAAGGAGCUGGAGGCGUUCAUGCUGGAGAACAAGAUCGAUGUGGACUCGUUGCCCGACCCGAACGGGGACCUGGACGGCCAUCUGGUGAAGCGGGUGUGGGAGCACGUGGAGGCGGUGUGUAAGGCCUGCACGCUGGCCACGCGCCACGAGGGGCCGGACAUUUGGAAGAUGAUCACGGCGGGCGUGGACCGCGUGCAGCUGGAGCCCGCCAGCCGAGAAACCUGGCUGGAGCGGGCGCGCAAGAUCAACAUGUCCGCGGACCAGAAGAAGCGGGCGCUGAUCCUGAGGGAGGAGCAGGCCAAGAAGCUGGAGGCCACGUUCGUGGCGCGGCAGAACCUGAAUCUGGAGGCCAUCGCACUGCUGCUGCCUGCCAACCAGGGCGGGCACGCUCCACAAACAGGAGGGGACAAGUUGGGGUGCUUUGCAUUUCCCAGCUUCCUGCAGCGGUCUAGCCACAGGGCCAAGACGUCCUACGUGCUGGACAAGCUCAAGGCGAACCUGCGGGAUGAGCAGAAGGUGUUCGCGGAGAUGGAGUACCUGACAUUCCACAGGGUGCUCAACCCAUUGCAGAGUGCUUGGUUCCUGACGAUGUCCUACCCGGGCCACUGCGACUGCCUGAGCCUGCUGAACGCGACCAACGAGCUGUGCAGCAUGAGCUGCGAGCUGCCGCGGGACAAGGACCUGGGAGAGGAGGACAGCCCGGGGAGCGAUGCGGCCAGCAAGAACAAGUGA